UCGACUCGUCGAUCCAUUCAUUCAUUCGCAUUCAUGUUGUUGAUUCUCGCUGUCUCCGUCAGUCCCUGUUUGUUCGCCGCUUGUGUGAUCCCUCCGCCGCGCACCAAUUUAUUUAGUGAAGGUAGUGGAUUCGUUGCGCGAAGGUGUGAGCGCGCGUUAGCGUUUAAUUAAUUGUUAUUUAUGUUAAAUAACAAAAAGAAAGAACCGGUUUGUGCGCAGGUUCGGCAGGUUGUAGACAUCCUCAAAAGGGGAACCACUCCAAAUAUGUGAUCGUUACGGUGUCGGCAUCGACUGGUAUGAUACUCAGACUGAAACGUGGACAACGUGCGUGUGUGUGAAAUGUCCGGCCGUGUUAAUAUGCGUCCCGUUAGUAAGAAUCCCCUGCUGAAGGUGGUGAUCCUUGGUGAUGGUGGUGUGGGCAAAAGUUGUCUCAUGAAUCGCUUCGUUUCCAAUCAAUUCGACGAGAAUUCAUUUCACACCAUUGGUGUUGAAUUCCUGAAUAAAGAUAUUGAGAUUAACAACAACAUUUACACUCUUCAGAUUUGGGAUACAGCUGGUCAAGAAAGAUUUAAAACUCUUCGAACACCCUUCUACAGAGGCAGUGAUAUUUGCCUUUUAACUUAUGCCAUUGAUGAUCAGCAUACCUUUAAGAAUCUCAGCAUGUGGAUGACUGAGUUUUUACAUUAUGCUGAUAUCAAGGAGAGUGCUCAGUUUCCAUUUAUUGUUGUUGGGAACAAGAGUGACGUAGAAGCUAAAGAACGCGAAGUAACUAAAAUGCAGUUAGAAACAUGGUGUGCCGAGAAUCAUGUCGCCAGCUGUAUUGAGACCUCGGCGAAAAAUGCGUCCAAUGUCCAGGAGGCAUUCCACAUGGCCGUGGAACACUGGAUGAAAGCAGAGCGAUGUGCCGACCGACAAGCAGAGAAUGCCGAGCUCAACGACACGGUCGACCUGCGAAAAGUUAACCUGGACACGCGCAGUAGUUGCUGCGCCCGAAACUCCGAAUAACGCAAAUUUACAUUCCACGCGAAUACGCAACAUUCCAGCGGAUAAAAGUCAAGCAACCCAGUGAAAAUAAAACUAAAGCCAAAGAGACGUUGUACAUAGCUUAAUAGAUUAAUUAUAACUCUGACUAUUCGUAGGUAGUGAUUUUCGCUAGACUAAUUUAUACAACGUGAACACGCACAUUAAUGAAAACAAUUUCAUAGAAUACGAAUAAGGCUGAGGUCUUGAGCUUGAGGCGCUUCAGUCAUUUGAAUGAAGAUAUUUUUCUAUCGCAAACCUUAAUCAUCUCUAUAUGUGCAAAUGUGUGGGUUGAAUACGUCCCGUGAUAAGAUAUUUUAUUUAUUAAUAAUAGCUAAUGCUUUUCAAUGUGGUGCAUUUGAUAAAAUAUAAUGUUUACCUUUCAACCAAA